AUGGCUUAUCACAUUCGCACUCACUCACUUGCUAUGAGUGAAAACAGCGGCGAUGCAGAGAUGGGUAAAGGCAAUAUAGAUGAAAAGCGUAUAAUAGUUGAAGAUGUAGAAAGUCUGGCGGCUGAUAAUGAGAUAGGGAGGAAAGGGAGUCUUGUUUUAUUCUACGAGAGAAUGUUCUAUUACGUAUACGCUUUAAUUAAUACCUAUAUGCUAAUAAGUACUUGCUUGCUGGUGGAGUAUAGUACAAACGAGGCAAUGCAGGACAUUAGUGGCGUUGGCAAGAUUAAAUUUUGGGUUAUUUGUUGGCUGGUUGUCGAACUAAUUUCAAGAACUCAUAUUGUGUUAAUUCUAUGGUACUAUUGCUCAUGGAAAUUUGCAAUAGUUAAUUCUUUAGGCGGGCUGUUAGGCGGAGCCGAUUACUUCAUUCCAAUGUUCAAGAAUAAGCCAGGUUCGCACGAUGAUCUUAAGAAAUGGGUAACAAUAAACUGGUAUUUUUAUGUUAUCAUCAACUAUGGUGGAGGGUCUGCUAUGUGGCUAUAUUGCAGAAACUUUGUGAGUGGAACAAAUACUAGUAUCGUGGGCAUGCUGUUGACCAGUAAUAUCGUUGUUUGGGUAUUCAAUUUAAUCAGACCGCUUUCAGUAAUAAUAUGGUAUCUUUGUGUAUAUGAAUGA